AUGGCUCCCGCACCACCCGCCGGCCCGUUGGGGUCCCCAUCGGCGCCCGUGUCGGCCGAUUCGUCGCUGUGGGAUCGCAUCUCGACUUGGGUCUCGGAGCACAAGGCCGUGGUCUACACCAUUGCCGGUGUCGCGGUUGUCAUUACCACUGCCGGCGCCGUCUACUACAUCCGCAGUGCCCCUGACGAGCAGGAGACAACACCACGUCCUAGCAAGAAGGAGCGCCGGAAACGGAAGCAGGCCGAGAAGGAGGCCGAAGCCGAGAAGUCUGCGAAGGCUGCUGAGGCUGCUCCGUCCGCCAAGGCUGCCUCCAUCGAGGCUGCCAACGAGCUGCCCGAGAUCGACGAGAACACGGUCCAAACGCUCACGGAGUCCCAGCGCAAGGAGUAUGCCCAGAAGUUGAAGGAGGCUGGCAACAAGGCCUAUGUGGCCAAGGAGUUCCACAGGGCGAUCGAGCUCUACACGAAGGCCAUCCUCUGCAGACCGGAUCCCGUCUACUACUCCAACCGCGCUGCGUGCUGGAAUGCGCUCAGCGAGUGGGAAAAGGUUGUCGAGGAUACCACUGCCGCUAUCAACCUCGAUCCGGAAUACGUUAAAGCGCUCAACCGGCGUGCUAAUGCCUACGAUCACCUCGGCCAGUACAGCGAGGCGCUUCUUGACUUCACCGCGAGCUGCAUUAUCGAUGGCUUCCGCAACGAGCAGGCAGCCCAGGCUGUCGAGCGCCUGCUCAAGAAGUUCGCCGAGACCAAGGCGAAGGAGAUCCUCAAGACCAAGCCCGCCAAGCUGCCGAGCUCAACCUUCGUGGGCAACUACCUCCAAAGUUUCCGGGCCAAGCCGCGCCCGGAGGGUCUGGAGGACGACGCCGAGAUUGAGGAGGAGUCUGGAAAGGGUCAGCUUCGGAGAGGUCUGAAGGCUCUAGAGAGCAAGACGGGCCCGGGCUAUGAGGAGGCUGCUGAGGCUUUCGAAAAGGCGUUGGAGCUGGGCGACCUUGGCGAGUACGAGGCUCUUGCCUACAACAUGCGCGGUACCUUCCGCAAUCUCAUGGGCAAGCAUGAGGAGGCCCUUGCUGAUCUCACCAAGAGCAUCGAGCUGGAUCCCAGCCUGACCCAGAGCUACAUCAAGCGGGCCAGCAUGAACCUGGAACAGGGCUCCCCUGAGAAGGCAGAGGAGGACUUCGCUGCGGCUCUGGCCAAGAACCCCCAGGAUCCCGACAUCUACUACCACCGGGCGCAACUUCACUUCAUUAAAGGCGAAUUCGCUGAGGCCCAGAAGGAUUAUCAGAAGUCGAUCGACCUGGACAGUGACUUCAUCUUUUCCCAUAUCCAGCUUGGUGUGACCCAGUACAAGAUGGGUUCGAUCGCUUCGUCCAUGGCCACUUUCCGCCGGUGCAUCAAGAACUUCGAGAGGACACCGGAUGUGUACAACUACUACGGCGAGCUGCUCCUCGACCAGGGCAAGUUUACUGAGGCCAUCGAGAAGUUCGAGAAAGCCAUUGAGCUCGAGAAGGAGACCAAGCCGACUUGCAUGAACGUGCUGCCGCUUAUUAACAAGUCACUUGCCGUCUUCCAGUGGAAGCAGGAUUUCGCAGAGGCUGAGAAGCUCUGCGAAAAGGCGCUGAUCAUUGACCCCGAGUGCGACAUCGCCGUCGCGACCAUGGCGCAGUUGCUCCUGCAGCAAGGCAAGGUGACGGAGGCGCUCAAGUACUUCGAGCGCGCCGCCGAGCUGGCCCGUACGGAGGGCGAGCUGGUUAAUGCCCUGUCGUACGCCGAGGCCACGCGCACCCAGAUCCAAGUCCAAGAGAAGUAUCCCAAGCUGGCCAGCAAGCUGGCUGCGAUGGGCCAGGUGAUGCGGUAA